UCCUCUAAAAUUUCCCCUUGGGCAGGGCCUGCGAGCGAUUGUGUUGUGCAACUCCGGUACAGUUUACCGAUGCUAAUUUUCAAUAUCCGACAAAUUGUGACCCGUGCGUGGCGGCCACAUCCUUCGUGCGUUUGCUACGAAGGUAAACCGUCGCACCACACACGCCACUAUGGCAGCCAGGCCAAGAUCAACAAAGACACGAUCGACCUGUACCGGCAGCAGUACAUCCGUGACUCGUGGACAAACCUGACGCCGAAAGUGUUGUCCCAUCUGGACCGCAAUCUGCAUCUGCAGCGAAACCACCCGCUGUCGAUUGUGCGCGACAGGAUUGUGAAGUACUUUUAUGGCGCGUACCUAAGCCCGCGCGGAAACCCAUUGUUCAGCGUGUACGACAACCUGAGUCCGGUGGUGUCGGUCGAGCAAAACUUCGAUCAGCUGCUCAUACCGCAGGACCAUCCGAGCCGGGCCAAGAGCGACUGUUACUACGUGAACAAGGAUUAUUUACUGCGAGCGCACACCACCGCGCAUCAGGUGGAACUGAUACAGGCCGGGCUGGACAAUUUCCUUGUCGUUGGUGAUGUGUACCGGCGGGAUGAGAUCGACGCAACGCACUACCCGGUGUUUCACCAGCUGGAUGCGGUGCGUAUCGUGCACCAGGACAAACUGUUCGAACGCAACCCGGAGCUGAAGAUACACGAGACGCACUACAAAACGCACCUGUCGAACGGAAGCCCAACGACGGGCACCACCGGCAGCCCGUUGGCGGACUGUAUCGAUCAGCACAAGCAACCGUGCCACACGCUGGAAGCGGUAAAGCUGUGCGAGCACGAGAUGAAAAAGAUAUUGGUCGGGCUGGUGCAGAAGCUGUUUGGCGAGGGCAUCAAGUACCGCUGGGUGGACGCUUACUUUCCCUUCACGCAACCGUCGUGGGAGCUGGAGAUUUACUUCAACGGUAACUGGCUCGAGAUACUGGGCUGUGGCAUUACGCGCAACGAAAUUCUCGAACGGGCCGGAGUGCAGAAUUCGAUUGCGUACGCGUUCGGGGUGGGAUUGGAGCGGUUGGCAAUGAUUCUGUUCGACAUACCGGACAUACGGUUGUUUUGGAGCACGGACAGUGGCUUUCUGAACCAGUUUCGCGACGAUCGGAUCGUUAAGUACAAACCCAUCUCGUCCUAUCCCCAGUGCAGCAAUGACCUAUCGUUUUGGCUGCCGGAAGGCAUGGCGAUCGAUCAAUUUUCGCUGAACGAUUUUUACGAUAUCGUGCGAAGUGUCGGCGGGGACAUUAUUGAACAGGUAACUUUAAUCGAUCGCUUCACGCACCCAAAAACGGGCAAAAGUAGUCUCUGCUUCCGCAUCGUCUAUCGUCACAUGGAACGCACGCUGACCCAGGCCGAAGUGAACGUGGUGCAUGCCAAGAUUGGUUCGGAGCUGGUUGAGACGUACCACGUUAGCAUUCGAUAAAAAUCGUAAUAUUAAAACUGUUGAUAUCCACCGGGUGGAAUGGAAAUAA